AUUAGAAAAUACAAUGAGCAAAACAAAUGCACCUCAAAAUAUCGUCCUCCCAAAAUCAUGUUUUUGGGAUAGGUACUCUUUCCAAUCUUGAGAUUACCUCUAGCUAUUCAUGCUUCUCACAUGAGUCAGGGAUUUGAAGAGUUUACCGCCAAGUGGUACCCACAUUCAUGCUCCGCCCUCCUCGCAUCCCAUGCUCGCCCCUCCGAAUGCGAGAAAGCGAGAAGCGAUAUACGAAUGCGCCACUACGUCUCAAAUGAAGAGCUUCUCAAUACGAAAAUGCGACUUUUCAUCUAGUUUGCAUUUUUCUGGGAAUCACAUAUUAUGUAGCUCUCUCCUCUCCUCAUUAUGGAGUCUUCUAUUCUGUCUCAUCCCCAUCUACACGCUUCUUUCUUUCCUCUUGAAAGAUAUAGACCGGUCGAGAUCUCAAGUUCCGAUAUUGUUCUGCUUCCCGUCUCCUGAGCUUCGAAUUCGCAUCUAAAAAUUAGACGAACGUGAUAAACUCAUCACAUCGAUCAUCAUGUCGGUCAAUGGAGAAAAAUAUAUGCUCUAUCACUAUGAACCAUCCACAGCCGCAGCUUGUGUUUUUGUAGUCCUAUUUGGUAUCUCCGCCAUCCUCCACAUCUACCAAUUAGUCUCCAAGCGAACAUGGUACUUCAUUCCCUUCGUUAUCGGAGGUUUAUUUGAAGCCAUAGGCUACGUCGGGCGUCUCCUAUCAUCUCGCGAGAACUACGGUGAUUGGACACUUGGACCAUACAUCAUGCAAACGCUACUCAUCCUCAUCGCCCCCGCCUUUUUCGCCGCAUCCAUCUACAUGGUCCUCGGACGUAUCAUCGUGCUCACCGAUGGCGAACAAUAUUCCAUCAUCCGCGCGCGCUGGCUCACCAAAAUAUUCGUCGCCGGUGAUGUUCUUUCUUUCUUGAUGCAAUCCAGUGGUGGCGGAAUACUCGCCAGUACCUCAUCCGCUUCGAGUGUCAAGAUGGGAGAAAACAUCAUUACGGGUGGUCUCGUCGUCCAAGUUGUUUUCUUCGCUUUCUUCAUUGUCACGACCGGCAUUUUUCACCACAGAAUCACAAAAGCACAAGGCGGAACUCAUGCUUCCGCUGUCCCAUGGCAACAAUAUCUAUACAUUCUUUACAUCGCCAGUACCUUCAUCAUGAUUCGAUCGAUAUUCCGUAUUGUAGAGUAUGUACAAGGAUCUGAUGGUACUCUUUUGUCGACCGAAACGUACAUCUACGUCUUUGAUGCUACGCUUAUGUUUUUGGUUAUGGUAAUCUUCAAUCUGAGACAUCCAAGUGCCAUUAUCCAAGGAAAGGGACAACAGUUUUCGACUCCAGUUUCGACAGGAAGCAGAGAGGGAUACCCGAUGAGCGAAAGAGUUCCAUCUGCGACCAAGUACCAAGGUCAUGGCUAUGCGAGAGAAUCCGUCUAGAUCGGUAUAGAAUGGAACAACGCCGCGAGGGUAUGAGUAGCAUUUGGGGCUGCACGGGAUAAUGAGAGGAGCACAUGAGUAACAUUUCGGGUCGGAAGGAAAAAUGUUACGGGAGAGAUCUCUCAAUACUAAUGCAAUAUGGGUGGCACCCUCCAACUACGGUCGGCAUGGGUUUUUAUUUAUUUCUUUUGUUUUCAACUGUUUCUACAGCAAGGCGUCUCAGCAUGGGAUCCAUAGAGCAUGUACAAGUAUAGCAUGCGACUUUACAUGGUAUUAGAAUAUAUGAUUAAUGACAAUAUAUCCAAAA